UAUAGGCACUCGAGACCAUCGUCACCGACUCUAGUGCAUCAAAGGUCACGUUUGUGGGGAACGUCACACAACGUGACAUUUAGUUACCCUCGUGAUCACUCCCUUGUCACACUGGCUACGCGUCCUUAUUAUUACUACGCACUUGCUUUCAGACCACUACUAUGGAACCUUCAUAUCGCAUUAUUCCACCUUCACAAAUCAAAACUGCGUCCAUAAAUGAUACUGCAGGCAGUCUAGGCCUCCAUGACACCCUCCAGUAUGGAAUCCGUAGCAUUGCAACUGAGACGAGAGGAGGCGAGUUCGAGAACCGCAUUACAAAUUGGGAAGAGACGCAGGACAACGCGAGGCUACACAUGCUGGCUAAUCUCUACGGUCCCAGUGUACCUAUGAGGUUGCUUAUGGAACGCCAGAUUGUGUCUGCCAGCCCUCAUAUGCCUGGCAUGCCGCAGUCAAACAUACAUCUCGACAUCUUGAUGGGUCGGGAUGAGAGUCUAGACCCCAGCGACUUUUUCCUCGGCAUGGAGAGCGGUCCGCCGUUGAGCAUUCACAACGAGAUGGAAAAGAAACUCCGACUGUGAUCUUAGAUUGUUGUAAUA